CUACGUCCGUCCAUUCAUCUGUUUUUUUAUAUAAAAAGAAUGAAUCAAUUUUUAUUUAAAUAGAAAGAAACUAUUCUUUUUUUUUGUUAAAUUGAAUACAGGCUUUAAUAAAUUUUGAUUAAUCGUGUCUGAGUGAGUGAGUAAGUUGGGUGAAUCAAAAGAAAAAAACGAGAAAGAGAGGAAUAAAUAAUGUACAAAUUUAAAUGCUUUUGAACACGGAUUAAACAUGUUGUGUUAAAUAUUUUUUAUUAAAUUUGUGUAAUAAUACAAAGUUAAAGUUAAAAUAUAAAAAAAUAAAUACAUUUGUAUUAAUUAAAGUCUUUUUUUACAAAAGAAAAAACGAAACAAGAAAGAAAACGAAAAUAAAAAACAAAAUAAUACUGCCAAAAUAACUACAUAUUAAUAUAUACAAUACAUAUUAAUACGAAAAUACAGAAAAAAUUCAUUGUCUGCCAAUAAAUUUGUAUAAAUUAAGACCCCUUUGCCUUACGGAAACAUAAAUUUUGGAUCUAUUCAACGAAUUCAAGGAGCAACUGUCAAGUUGCCCGGCCAAAACACGAGCAAUUUGUCGCACUGUCCAGACGAGAGUGUGGGAGGCGGUAUCAUCACUCAACGAAACAUUAAAUUUUGUGGAUAACAGUGGUGGCAGCAGCGGUGACGUUGGCUCGUCAUCGAUUGCUGCUGUACGAACCAUAGGUUCGGGUGACGGCCGCCACUAUUCCCAUCAACAUCAUAAUCAUCAUUCCACCACGAAUAUGGGAUCGGUUAAGUCACGUGCCAUCACAUCGGCCGAUACGAAUCUGGUCGACGAGCAUAAUGUGGUGGCCUGCAGUUCCUCGUCGAACUAUCAACAGCAGCAUCAUCAAAUCAAUAGAUAUUGUGGUAACGGCAGUGGUUUUUUCAAUAAAAAUGAUUUACGUUACGACAUUGGUGGCAGUUCUCAAUAUCAUCCGGUACGUCAGCCCAGUGUUAGGAGCAGGAGUCAACAGCCAAUGCCUACCGCUGAGGAAUUAGAUCGUAGAUUUACAAAAGUUUUGGCCUCCAUGGAUUUACCUCCCGAUAAAGCCAAACUCUUGAAAAACUAUGAUGAUGAAAAGAAAUGGGAUAUUAUAUGUGAUCAAGAAAUGGUACAAGCUAAAGAUCCACCUUCACAUUAUCUCAACAAAUUACGAACAUAUUUAGAUCCCAAAGCCUCAAGAAGUCAUAGACUUUACUUCCUCUACUUUUUUUGUCAGAAACGUAAGAUGGUAGGCGAAUCGACAUCCACACAAGUUUUACGCGAUCUGGAAAUUUCUUUGCGCACCAAUCACAUUGAGUGGGUAAAGGAGUUUCUAGAUGAGACCAAUAAAGGUCUAGAUGCUUUAGUGGAUUAUCUUAGUUUUCGCUUGCAAAUGAUGCGUCACGAGCAGAGGGUGCAAGAGGCUCUUAGCGAGUCCGAUGAACGUUUGAAUUUAAACAAUAGCGGCUUGGGUAAUCUAAGCAGUGAUGGCUUGGGCACCUCUGCUUGUGUUAGUUCCAAUAUUGGCGGCAUUAGUAAUGUUAGUCUAACAGAAUCGUCACGUUACCAAAAUAAUCAUUAUUCAUUCAAUGGCUUUUUACGACCUGCGCUGGCCGAGGUUCUCGAUAGUCCCAAUAUUAAGCGACGUUCUCGCCACAUGGCCAAAUUGAAUAUGGGCGCCUCAACAGAUGACAUACAUGUGUGCAUUAUGUGUUUGCGUGCUAUAAUGAAUAACAAAUAUGGCUUCAAUAUGGUCAUACAACAUCGUGAGGCCAUCAACUGCAUAGCGUUGAGUUUGAUACACAAAUCGUUAAGAACUAAGGCCUUGGUGCUUGAGCUUUUGGCCGCUAUUUGUUUGGUCAAGGGUGGCCAUGAGAUUAUUCUAUCGGCCUUUGAUAAUUUCAAAAACGUUUGCCACGAAAAUCAACGUUUCCAAACGCUUAUGGAGUAUUUUAUGAAUUUCGAAGCUUUCAACAUUGAUUUCAUGGUGGCCUGCAUGCAAUUUAUGAAUAUCGUAGUGCAUUCGGUGGAGGAUAUGAAUUACAGGGUACAUUUGCAAUAUGAGUUUACUGCCUUGGGUUUGGAUAAGUAUUUGGAAAAGCUAAGACUCACAGAGUCGGAAGAACUUAAAGUUCAAAUUUCCGCCUAUCUAGACAAUGUAUUCGAUGUGGCUGCUCUCAUGGAAGACUCUGAAACUAAAACGGCUGCCUUGGAGAGAGUACAAGAGCUGGAGGAUCAGAUAGAACGGGAGAUAGAUAGAAAUUCAGAAUUACUUUAUAAGCUAGCGGAAAUGGAAACCGAGGUUAGAUAUUUAAGAACAGAACGUGAGGACUUAAUGGCUACCAAACUCAAAUUUGAUGAGGAAGUCUGUACACUGCGUCGCAUACUCAAGCAAAACGAACAAGAACUGAAGAAGAGAGAAUCUCUGCUGCAAAGUAAAAAUCUAGAGUUACAAACACUAACACGUUCCCUGCCGCGUUCAGGUUCGGGUGGCAAUGACAAUAUCUCAUUGGCCGCUGAAGCCUUGCUCAAAGACUCUCCGGUGGAAUGUGUUUCGCCGCCAUUACCGCCACCUCCACCACCCCUACCGGAGGCCAUAAAUAUGGCUCCACCACCGCCGCCUCCACCAGCGCCACCAGCACCUCCUCCUUUACCAGCAGGACCUGGGCAAAUGUUAAAUAAUAUGGCUCCACCACCGCCGCCACCAUCUCUACGUGCCUUGCAGUCCAUGCAACAUCCCAACAAUCUUCCCAUGUCAUUCCAACCGCCACCACCACCAGUAGCUGGUUUUAUGCCCGCGCCCGAUGGUGCCAUGACCAUUAAAAGAAAAGUGCCAACCAAAUAUAAGCUGCCUACACUCAAUUGGAUAGCUCUUAAGCCCAAUCAGGUGCGUGGCACUAUUUUCAAUGAGCUGGAUGAUGAGAAAAUCUAUAAGUUUAUUGACUUCAAUGAGUUUGAGGAACGUUUCAAAAUUGGUGUAGGUGGUGGCCUUAGCAGUGGCGCUAAUUCCGAGGUAGAUGGCACUUUGCAAUCGUACCCCAGCAAACGCUUUAAGAAACCCGAAAAUGUUUCACUUUUGGAACACACGAGAUUACGAAAUAUUGCUAUAUCUCGCCGUAAACUUGAUAUGCCCAUUGAUGAGGUUAUCGCUGCUAUCCAUAGUUUAGAUUUGAAGAAACUUUCUUUGGAAAAUGUUGAAUUGCUGCAGAAAAUGAUACCCACAGAUGUAGAGGUUAAAUCGUAUAAGGAAUAUAUUAUCGAACGAAAAGAUCAGAAUCUUUUAACCGAAGAAGAUAAAUUUAUGCUGCAGCUAUCAAAAGUGGAACGUAUUUCAUCGAAGUUAUCGAUUAUGAAUUAUAUGGGAAACUUUUUCGAUUGUUUGCAUUUAAUAUGUCCGCAAAUCCAUGCCAUCACUACCGCCUCCAGUUCACUCAAACAAUCGCGUAAAUUUAAGGCGGUCUUGGAAAUAGUUUUAGCUUUUGGUAACUAUUUGAACAGCAGCAAGCGUGGCCCAGCCUAUGGCUUUAAACUACAAUCUCUAGACACUUUAAUCGAUACCAAAUCAACCGAUAAACGUUCUUCGCUGCUGCACUACAUCGUGGCCACCAUAAGACAGAAAUUCCCUGAAUUAUUAAAUUUCGAAACAGAACUUUUCUGUACCGACAAAGCCUCACAAGUAUCGCUGGAAAAUAUCGUCACCGAUAUGCACGAUUUGGAAAAAGGCAUGGAAUUGGUGAAAAAAGAAGCCGAAUUGAGAGUUAAGGGACAUCAAACUCAUAUUUUAAGAGAUUUUCUCAAUAAUUCCGAAGAAAAAUUGAAAAAAAUUAAAAUUGAAUUGAAAAAUGCUCAAGAGGCGUUUAGAGAAUGUGUAGAGUAUUUUGGUGAAUCAUCACGUAAUGCUGAUGCUGCCGCAUUUUUUGCUUUAAUCGUAAGAUUUACUAGAGCAUUUAAAGCCCAUGAUCAAGAGAAUGAGCAACGUAGAAGAUUGGAACAGGCAGCGGCUGCUGCAGCAGCCAAUAAAAAAGAAAACGAACAAGUUCAACUGCGCAAUAAAGCCAACCAGAAAAAACAACAGUUACCCGCUGGUGGUGUCUCCUUACAGGAAGCGGUCAUUAAUGAAUUGAAAUGUAAGGCAAAUUCGGUAAGAGAGAAAAAACUAUUGCAACAAGAUGAGGUUUAUAAUGGGGCAUUAGAGGAUAUAUUAUUGGGCCUCAAAAGUGAACCCUAUCGGCGAGCCGAUGCUGUACGACGUAGUCAGCGACGACGUAUAGAUAAUAAUCGUUUAUCACGCACGCUCGAAGAGCUAGAUGUCUAAAAAGGAAAAAUUUUAAUUAAAUUUAAAAAAAAAUUAUUUAAUUAUAAAAUUAGUAGUUUUAACUAGUAGUAGCUGGUAGUUCAUCGAUUGCAAUUAUAUCGAUAUAAAAUUAAAAUUUUUUUGAACAUUUUUAUGCCUAAACACAAAUAAUUAUUAAUAUAAUAAUAUAAUGCAUUUAAAUCUUUUUUAUACUAUGUAUUUUUUUAUAUUUAUACAUAAAAAUAUUAUACAAAAACAAAAAAAAAAAAAAAAAAACAUUCCCUAUAAAAACACAGAAAACGAUAAACGAUCCAAAUUAAGAAUUAUACAAAUAAUUAACAAAACUACAAUUUGCUAUGCAAUAAUUAAUAAACAUAUUUAUACAAUAUUAAAAAUAUAAAAAUACAUUUAAAAACAAAAAAACUAGUUUAAGUUUGAUAUGAAAAAAAUUUUCAACAGCUUAGUAUGUUUUUUUAUACUUUUUUUAAACAAAUAAUAAAUAUGUAAUAAUUCUCUUCUCAAAUUAUUAGGGAAUAAUUUUUAUUCCUUAAAACAUUUAAAGGCAUUAUUUAGUU